AUGGACUGUUCUCCAUCAAGGCUUAGAAGACUUGUCUCUGACGAGAAGGUCGAAUUUGACGCUGAUAUCGCUGGACCAGGAGUACUAGCUGCUUUCCUUAUCACGUCGUUGAUAGCAUUAGCUACUCUAAUUCUCGCCUUUCUUACAAUUUCAGUGCCUGCGCGUCUUCUCAACUCUGGAGAUGCCGUAAUUGCUGCUGCGGCCCGUCGAACUUACCACCGAUUGAGGGCCAAGUUCCCCAAGACGAAACGCACCAAGGCUGUCCAAAGCAGAACCGAGCGGACUCAUGCCUUCAUGGCCUUCAUGAUCGCUAUAAGUGAUCAGAUACUUGUAUCUCAGGCCUCUAUCUUAAUAGCAGCUCUCAUUAUUCACGACGACAUCACCAUUUAUUCCAGCAACAUUGUGAUCGCCUUAGGGUGUCUCGCGUCGACAGUUCACUUGGGCAGCUUUCCAUUCUAUAUAGAUCGCAUUAGAGACCAUAGCACCGCCAAGAUUAUUCGGGUCCUUGCUAUGAUCACCGGCUCAGGAAUGCUUGUCUUCCUGCUUGUUGUCCAACUAUCGUAUACCUGGGAUAUGGAGACCCACGUCUACUUUAUUUGCACUCUUCGGAACUAUCGGAUGAAUGAUGAAAUGGGAGGGGCGGACUAUCUCAGUAUCAUCAUGGGCAUGUUUGUUCCACUGACAGUGCUUUAUGGCACGUAUGAGAUUGUUCAGCUUCUGUAUCGCAAUGAGCCAGCAGAUGACAGGUCAAAUGAACCUGAACCCGGGAGUGAGUCCCCUAUUCCACGACGGAAUCGAUCAGAUAGUGGGGGUAUCGAACUUCAAAGGCUUUCUAGAUUAGAAAGCCAAGCUAAUCCAGAGAACAAUCGAGAGCCUGGCGAUAUAGAAGUAGAGAGUGAGGCAAUCGUCUCCAUUUUACAACAAAUCUUGGGCAGCAACAUAGAGAUAACGACAGACAACGAGACGAACUACCAACAUCAAAAUUCCAUCCUGUUGAAGUCAAGGGGCGCAAAGAUAAGUUUCAAAGAGCUACUGAAGGAGAUCAAAGAGUCCAACCGAGAGCAUCUCUUGAACAAAUGGCUGAAGCUCAAAGCUCUCACAAUCUUAACCUCGAGAACAGUGUCAACGAGAAAGCUUAGACUCCUUGCGAGAUUAUCGGCUGAAACAUGGGCAUUCCACCAGUGUCGAGGGGGGUUCGCCUGGAGAUUAUUCUGGCUCUGGUCAGGUAAUGUCUACGGGAUUGUAACUAUUUUAACUUCGCGAGCUAUAACAACGGGCAUGUCAGGCAAUCCCAACAAGAUGGGAUUCGGCCAAAUUGUGCCGCUAACUCUGCUCGCACUCCCAAUAUUUGCGGCUAUGGAGGGCCGCGCCGGCUAUAAGCAGAAACUCAAGUCAAUUGAGAAAGCUCGUGUUGAUCAAGCGACUUUCGAAAUACCGGUUAUUGGGAACCUGCGGUCUCAAUCGAGGGGUCAAUAUCUUGCGCAGAGACAAAACCCACCUAAGGAGACAGACAUCGCACGUAUAAGGAUCGUGCAAGAUGUCCUCAAAAAGCGUGCUAAAGAUAUUGGAUACCCGGAGCUUUACAAUUGGGUGACAGGAGACAAUUUGACCAGCGCACCGAGUCUCCAAAUGGGAGUUGCGGUUCAUGCCGCAGUCAUGUUUACCGUUGCAACUUUACUCGGCUUUUCGAUGGCUUAUGAAGUAGCCAACAUGAAUAUUACAUUGAUCGCAUUUCUGUUUGUUCUUGCCGCUCGCAGGCUCAUAGGCCUCUGUUCGGUCGGAUUGGUUAUGAGAUCAUGCCCCAUGAUCCUCGACCAUCUUGGUUGCACCGGUCACUUACCUAGCCAACAAUCUGGAAACCAGGGUGAAAGGAUGGCAGUAGCGCAAGCCGCUGGAGACGCUGGAGAGGACUUGGAGGACCAAGGGAGACAAGAAGAACCGUGA